UGCAACGUCUGGCCACGCACUUGUCCAGCAUUGGUAUAACUUAGCAUAACAGUGCAAAACCAUUAAGGUAUUGCAUAGCACUCCGUAGCAUGACAUAUAUGGAAGAGUAUUGUGUGGUAUAUAAUAGUGCAGAUUUAAAGAAAGGUUGCUCUGUCUUGACUGGCAUUCUGCCUGACUCCUUCACUAUCAAUGUCUUAUCUUAAGGCACGGUUUACUAACCAAACAGGCACAUGCAGAUAAUAAAUACACAAUGAUACCACAUACAAAGGACUUGAGAAUAACAACAGGAGCUGGGAAAACCAGGAAUGAAUCACAAACUAGUCGGCACCCAAUCUUUUGUUUGAGAGUUAAGCUGCUUGAGCUUUACAAGUUCUCCACUGUCAUAUAACAAUUUGUUUCAGUUAGACUGGUUGGACUGUGGUUAUUAUUUAUGAUAUACAUAUGAGGAAGUGAGAGCCUGCCACCAAGAAACCGACAGUAAGUCAGCCUCUGGAGAAUUACAGGAAAUCAUUUUGGAUUGACAAAUAGCCAAAAGGAGGGUUUGAAGACUUUUUCCCCUCGCACAAUUUAAGUUGGGGUAUCUAUCUGCAGUUUACAUUCCACAUGUGUUUAACCGUCUCCCUCUGACGUUAAGAGUCAUGCUGGGACAAGCUUGCCAGAAGUACAUUUUUCUAUUACUGCAAACUCCUGUGAUUUGUUUGAGGGAGGAUAGAAGUGAAUCUGCUCAGUUGUGUGCAAGGCUUUAUGAGGUUACAAAUUAAACAGCAUAUUUCAAAAUGCCUAGUCAUUUUAUUUUGGCACAGAUAUCCAAAUUCAAGAAAAUCGUGUUAAAAGUGAAUCAUGAAUCCUAGAACCCUUUACCAGAAAAUGAUUUCACCAAAAAAAGUGUUCAAAAUGUCUCCCGGGCUUGCUAACUAGACCUCUAUUACAGUGAGAUAAGUAAUAAAAAAAAACAACAAACAAAUUAAACAUGAAGAAAAUUAUUUAGAAUUGUUUAUUAUAGAGCAGUAGUAAAUACACUUUAGUCCCAAAACUCUUUUGUUUUCUGAACUGUUGUUAAAAAAAAGACUAAAUUCCUUGGAAAGAGAGGGAGGGAUAGAUGAGAAAGUGGUUAACAUAGUGGACUUGCAUCAUAUUUUGCAGCAGUUGGGGGAAGAGCAAAGCUUUAUAUGAUUGCCUGCAGACAACGACUAACACCAGUCUUAAAGAUUACUGAAUCCCAGACUUCAGCUUCAGAGCAGUUAUGUCUGUCAUCACUAUUGUAGCGCUCAUGGUUUUCUUGACUAUUCCUGAAGGUUUCAGUUUUGGGCCUCAAGAAGUGAAUCGAUGCCGAUGCAUCACCACAGAGAAAAAGCCCAUAGGGCGUUACAUAGGACAGGUGGAGGUGAACCCUGUCAGCUCCCACUGCAACAAUAUUGAGAUAAUUGCCACUCUUAAAUCGGAUGGGAGAAAGAUUUGUCUGGACCCCAAAGCUCCUUGGGUCAAAAGGGUGUUUGAGAAGAACCUGGUUGUGCAGGCACCUUGAAGAAUAAACCUUCACAGAUUUGGCUCGGAUGGAAGAAGAAGGACCUUCUAGAGAAUCAUAUAUUCAUCACCACUGAUUCAAAGUUCAAAGUAGAAGCGUGGACUGCACUGAUUAAUUUGCGUGAUGAGAAAGAUUUGUGUGGCAGCUGGCUAAACUGGAAAAAGUUGAGCUUAAAUUGUCUAUACAAAAGCUGGGUAUAGACAAUUUAAGCUCAACAUAUUCUUAGUGGCAAAGAGACAAGGCGGCAGAAACCUUUAUUCUGAACUAUAUGUACAAGUAAUAUGUCUGCUUACAUAAGAAGAGUUUUUUUGUAUGGAAUUAAAAUACUUAUACCUCAAAUGUGCAGCAGGAUAUAUAAUGGAAAUCUGUGAUUAAAUGCACAACAAAAAAAUCUAAAACCUUUCUUACACCUUUGUACACCUUUCUUAAAAAACAUACAUGCCCGCUUUCAUCUAAAAUAUGACGAUUGUGAAUAAAAUGUGACAUUAUAAACCAGAAA